AUGCCAGUGGAUUUACAUAGGCUCAUCCAAGGAUGGUUGGAAUUAGAAAGUGAUCCUGGUUUGUUUACUUUGCUUUUAGAAGAUUUUGGAGUGAAAGGAGUUCAGCUUGAAGAGAUUUAUGACCUUCAGAAACCAUUGGACGGUCCAGUUUAUGGUUUUAUAUUUUUGUUCCGAUGGAUUGAGGAGCGUCGUAGCCGCAGAAAAAUUGUAGACCAAACGGACAUAUUUGUCAAAGAUGACGACGCCAUUAACAGUAUAUUUUUUGCACAGCAAAUGAUACCUAAUAGUUGCGCUACUCAUGCCCUGCUGUCCGUUUUGCUUAACUGCUCAGAUAUACAUCUAGGUGAGACAUUGGGACAUCUUAAGGAACACACUCGGGGUAUGAAUCCAGAAAAUAAAGGAUGGGCUAUUGGAAACACUCCUGAAUUAGCACGGGCACACAAUUCACACGCCAUGCCAAAAAGUAGACCACGUAUGGAUAAAACACCGGGAUUAACAACUGGACGGUUUACCGGUGAAGCAUAUCACUUUGUCAGUUAUGUACCCAUAAAUGGUCAUUUAUAUGAAUUGGAUGGAUUAAAACCAUAUCCCAUGGACCAUGGGCCUUGGGCUGAAGAUGAAGAUUGGACUGAAAAGUUUAGAAGAGUGAUAAGUGAUCGACUCGGAGCAGCAGCUGAGUAUAGUGAUAUACGAUUCAAUCUGAUGGCUGUUGUUCCAGACAAACGAUUAGCUAUCACCCACAAAUUAAAUAUGCUCAAAACAAAUAGACGAAUUGUAUUAGAAGCUUUACAACAACUUGUACUAGUAGAUGAUUUUGAAAAAAAAAGAAAAAUCAAUGAUAAUGAUCAAUCGCCAAAAUGUGUAAAAAAAGACAUUUCACCCAUUCCUGGUACAUCAAAAGACUAUAAUGAAGAAAAGACGUGUCCAGAAUCAGAUAAUAUUGUAGUAAUCCGUGUACAAUCAUCAAGUGGUGGGUCAGAAGGUGACGGAAAUCCAAAAGACAUAAAAAGUGUAUGUCUAGAAGCAGGAGCUAUGCCUAAAGGAUGGGAAACACCUUCAAGUCAUUCUUCCGAUAAAGAAGAUAAUAAUGAUCAAAAAUUGGAAAAUAAUAUAAAACCCAAUCAUACAUUUUCUCCUAAAGACUUAUUGGCUCUAGUAAAAAAUUUAGAACUUGAAAUAAACAUGAGUGAAGGUAUCUUACGAGAGGAGAAUGAAAAACGUAAUAAAUAUAAAAUUGAUGAUUGUCGACGUACACACAAUUAUGAUCAGUUUAUAUGCACGUUUUUAACUAUGUUAGCCCAAAAAGGUAUAUUACCUGAUUUAGUUCAACAACAUUUGGGGGCACAAAAAAAAAAUACAAGUGCACAGCUUUCACUUUCUGUACAAUCUCAAUCUACAAAUCAAACACAGGUGAAAUCAAAAUCCAAUAAACCAAAUUCAAAAAGUAAUUCAGCUUCAACUACAACAAGGCUCAGGACAAAACGCAAGACAACUACUAAAAAAGGACGUAAAUCAUGA